GCUGAUAACACUGAAUGUAGUCGUAAUGACAAUUUAAUACUUUUUUAUUAUAUAUACCAUUUUUUUUGUAUAGUUUAGUUUAGUUGACGUGUUUAUAAAUAAAAUAAAAUCAUUUUUUGUUGUCCAUGCAUAGUUAUAAAUAAAGACGUCUAGUAUAAAAAAAAAAUGUCUACGAAGAAAAGUUUUUUUUGUAUGAAUACGUUGAAACAAUUUGAUGCAUUUGCUAAACCAUUAGAAGAAGUUCAAAUAAAAACUGUAUGGGGUGGAAUUGUUUCUUUGGUUUGUUUUUUAACCAUUGUUUUUUUGAUGGUGUCAAAUUUAGUUGAAUAUCUUGACAACACUCCCACUGAAGAACUUUUUGUUGACACAUCACGAAAUAAAAAGUUACAAAUAAAUUUUGAUAUUGUUGUUCCUAAGAUAUCGUGUGAUUUUCUAGUUUUAGAUGCAGUUGAUAAUUCAGGUGAAACACAUCUGCAAGUUGAUCAUAAUAUUUAUAAACGAAGAUUAAAUUUAGAAGGACAACCAAUUAGUGAUCCUGAAAAAUCUGAUGAUGUUGGCAGUAAAAAAACAUUAAAUCCUGCAUCUGUGUUAAAAUCAAACGAAACAGAUAAUGCUGAUAAUGCUACAGCGAUUUGUGGAAGCUGUUAUGGAGCUGAAAGUUCAACUAUUCCAUGUUGUAAUACAUGUGAUGACGUUAAAAGAGCUUAUAAAAUGAAAAAUUGGGAUUUCCGUCCUUUUAGUAUAGAACAAUGCAAGAAUCAAUCAUCUCAAAAUGAAAUGUAUGACAAAGCAUUUAAAGAAGGUUGCCAACUAUAUGGUACACUACUGGUAAAUAGGGUUAGUGGAAGUUUUCAUAUUGCUCCAGGAAUGAGUUUUUCGUUUAACCAUAUGCAUGUUCAUGAUGUACAUCCAUUUUCGUCUUCGUCAUUCAACACAUCUCACAUUAUAAGACAUUUAUCAUUUGGUCAAAAAUUGGAAUCAAUUACUAGUCAUGGUGGCAAUCCAUUGGACUCAACUGAAUCUAUUGCUGAAGAAGGAGCUGUCAUGUUUCAGUAUUAUAUUAAAAUUGUUCCAACUCUCUAUCAAAGAAGAGACCUAUCAACAAUGUCUACUAACCAGUUCUCAGUGACCAAACACAAGGUCAUGGCAUUCGAUAAAGGUCCAUCAGGUGCUCCUGGAAUAUUUUUUAGUUAUGAAUUUUCACCAAUUAUGAUCAAGUUGACUGAAAAACCAAGGUUAUUAGGGCAUUUGUUCACCCAGUUUUUAUGCAACAUCAGUGGAGUUUUUAUAUGUUUUUGGAUCAUUGAUAUAUUUAUGUACAAAGUAUCUAAGGUGUAUAAUAUACGCAAGAAACAAUUACCUAACUCAAAUAAAUAAAACGUAUUAUUUUUUGUAAUAUCAGUGGCGUACUUUGUGAUAUUUAGGUGUGUGGCUUAACAACAGUCUAUUCCCUGGUUUUUUUUUUUAUUACAAUAUAAUUUAAUUAUUAUAUGAAAUAGUUGCAGUGAAAAAGUGAAAGUUUUUGUUUAGAGGAUAACAUUUUUUUGAAAAAUUUCAUAAUUAUGUUCAACAAUUAAGAUAUUAUAUUUUUUAACAAACUAUAUAUCAAUUAUAAAAAUAAAUACCUAAUGACCUAGCCAAAAUAUGCCGCUGAUAAAAAUAAUAAAAUAAAUUACUGUAAUCAAGUAUAUUUAAUAAAAAAAAACAUCAUGAUGCGCAAAUUAUUUAUCAUAAAA